CAGAACCAAGACGGAAGGAAAUGGAUUGAAGCCUCCUGUCAGGAAGCCUAAAUGCUAGAGUAUGUAGGCUUAGGACGGAGAUCACUGAGUGCUGAGAAAAUGGGAAGCAUGUCAGAAUUGCGACCUCUCCUUCGGGAGAUGAAAGUGCACAGGGAGGACAUGUCAGGGGACCGCAGUUCGGGAUGUCGGUCCUCGGCAGCCAUGGGAGGCUCUGGUGGGCGUAGUUCAAGUGGACGAGGAUCAGGUGGCCGGGGCCAGAAAGCUACCAAACGUGGUGGCUGGGAAGAUGCUUGUGUAGAGUUCUACAGAGAAGCAUACCCCACAUCUGUUGACAAUAUCUAUGACACAAGGAUUACUACCCUUCUGCCUUCCAAGAGGUACAAUGGUGAGUAAAUACUAAAUAACUCUAGAGGUAUAAGCUACAAUAACGUGGCUAAAACGAUACACAAUUAUAGUAUUCCAGAAACUGUAGACAAUACUACAGUAUACAGUUAUGUCAUCUUGUUUUAUUUCAUAUUUGUGGGAUUCGAAGUAAAUAAUACAGUAGACCAUCAGAUAACAAUCUGUUAACAUGUGUUUGCUCCAACAUAGUUGCAAAAUUGGGCAUAUUUUCGGUGAACAUGCCAUAAAACAUUGGUUUACAUGGUAGAGUGCAUGUAGGAGGAAAACAUGACACAUGUCCUGUUUCCCCUCCUCAUAGUGAGCCUCAGGGCGAGUUCAUUGUCUUAUGGGUUAGUGGGUGGGAGUGUGCAAGCUAGUGAGGACAGGUACUGGGUGAAGAAAGGAGAGUGAAGGGGUGAGAGUGGCCUGCAGUGCAUACUGUUGCAGCCAUCCCAUGCUCCCUUUGCUCGUUGUACAUCCUGUGUGGCACUGGAGUGUGUGGUCAGAUAGUCACUGGUGUGGGGAUGGGUAGAGGCAGGUGGGUAAGGAUAUGCAGGUGAGGGAGAGUGUUUGGGGUGGAGGUGUAGUGGGGGGUAAGCAUGGAUGGGGGAGCAUAGGUGAAGGCCAACUGUGGGAAAUGGGUGAAGGUGAGGGCCUGGCAGUCAAGCUACACAGUGAGGUUCAGGGCUCCAUCCAACCAUGCUACAUUAAUACACAUCCAGUACCAUACCUCAGUCACACACCUCUGCCCACCUCAACUAUUUAUUCAACCUUCCUCCUUUCCUGCCAUGGCCACACCCCAGCUGCACCCAUACCAUCUACAACCCCCACCCAUACCACCUCCCCUAUAAUUCCUCCAUGGCCACUUGCCUUCACCCAUAUCAAGCCUCCGACCCUCGCCUUUCUUCCCAUUCAUACCACCCCUAUAAUUCCCCCAUGGCCAUAUGCCUUCACCUACACCAUCCCAACCAAACACCUACCUCCCACACAAUCCAUCCAUACAAUUCUCCCCACAGCACAUGCCUACACCUACAUUAUUACCCCACAGUCACCUAACCCUUAUGACCUCACACCAACCUUUCACCCUAACAUGCUGGCCACAUACCUAAUCACUUAGUCAUGCACC